AUAAAAGCUCAACAAAACCACCAUUUAACCAUCAGAGCUCUCUAUAUUGUCAUUUAGUCAAAUUCUUAUUCACAAAAUCAAAAAAUAAAACAAUCAUGAAGUUCUUUAAUUGUGCAAUUUUUGUCGUCGUUAUGUUCAUGAAUUCUGAAGCUAAUGUACUUCCCCUGACUUUGAGUCCUGUACUUCCUUAUUCUGCUACCGCCUAUGGAUCAGCAGUUGCUGUUUCGCAUUACAACUCUCAGCCAAUUUUAGUCCAUCAACCCACCACCGUGAUUCGAGCUGCAACCCACGUAUACAAUACUCCUCUCAUCUGGCCUUUUACUACAAAUACUGUAGGUACUUAUAUUGCAAAGACUCUCGGCUCUGAACAUAUUGCAUCACUUCCUGGACACUUGAACUCGGCUUCUUCAAUCAACUUGGAACAAGCACCAGGAGUUAAGAAGGAAAAUAUAAAUGAACCCAUCUCGUCAUCAGUAGCAAUUCACGGUUCAUACAUUCGAACUCCUCUAAGUAGUUCUCAACUUAUUGUUCCAUCGCCAGCAUCAUUUGUUCUACCAAUUCCUGAAGCAAAGUACAUAGCUAAGAAUCUAGGAGUUGAACAUGUUGCUCCUUUGCCUGGUCACAUCAUCUCAGCUACUUCCCUUAACUUGCAACCAGCACCUGGAUCAAAAUAAAAACUUUGGAAAAUUCAUUGAAUGAAAGAAUAAAGUGCAUACAAAUUUUAAAACAAUAA